ACACAGAUAAGCCUAAACCCCGGCCCACCAUACCCCUCUCUCUAUAGAAAGAUCUUCUAAAACCCCAAACCUCCAUUACCCACCACCCAACGGCCAACACGCAUAGAGAUCUCCGGCCAUGGCUUCAAUCUCACUAGACAUAGCCGCCGCCGCCUUCGUCGGACUAGCCAAGUGCCACUCGAAAUACCCAACUUGCAGCAGGGUUAGAACCUCGGUUUUGCCCCUUUUAUGGAGGCCCAAAUGCCACCACACCGCUCUGAAUUUCCGUUCCAUCUCUACGCAACCCAGAAUCCUCUCCAUCGAAAUGCCCAAAUCGAGGCGAUUCUCUCGUAGGUUCACGGCCGCUGCCGCCCCGGCGCAGGCGGAGAGUUCCGACGUUUCGACCAAGCUGCCGACCGAUGAUAGAAUCCCUGCUACUGUGAUAACUGGCUUCCUGGGUUCUGGAAAGACUACUUUAUUAAACCAUAUAUUAACCGCGGAUCAUGGGAAACGCAUUGCGGUGAUCGAGAAUGAGUAUGGUGAAGUAGACAUAGACGGUUCUUUAGUUGCAUCUAAAACUACGGGGGCUGAGGACAUAAUGAUGCUCAAUAACGGGUGUCUUUGUUGCACAGUGAGAGGUGAUCUUGUCAGGAUGAUUGUUGAAUUAGUCAAUAAAAAGAAAGGAAAAUUCGACCACAUAGUCAUUGAGACUACAGGAUUGGCAAAUCCGGCACCAAUCAUUCAGACUUUUUAUGCAGAGGAUCAGAUUUUUAAUGACGUUAAGCUAGAUGGUGUAGUCACUUUGGUUGAUGCUAAACAUGCUAACAUUCACCUGGAUGAUGUUAAGCCAAAAGGAGUGGUCAAUGAAGCUGUAGAGCAAAUUGCAUAUGCUGACCGUAUAAUAGUCAAUAAGACCGAUCUUGUUGGCGAGCCACAAGUUGCUUCUUUGAUUCAGCGGAUAAGGAGCAUAAAUGGUCUGGCUAAUUUGAAGCGAACCCAGUUUGGGAAAGUUGAUUUGGAUUAUGUUCUUGGGAUUGGAGGCUUUGAUUUGGAAAGAAUUGAAAGUGCUGUCAACGCUGAAGAUUCAAAGGAAGAUCAUGCUAGUCACAGCCAUGAUCACGAGCAGGAUCACGAUCAUGAUCACGAGCACGAUCAUGAUCACGAUCACCAUCAUCAUCAUGACCACAAACAUGAGCACCAUGAUGAUCGCCAUUCCCAUGAUCACACUCACGAUCCUGGCGUUUCUUCAGUCAGCAUUGUUUGUGAAGGGAGCUUAGACCUUGAGAAGGCUAAUAUGUGGCUGGGUACAUUGUUGAUGGAACGGAGUGAUGACAUUUAUCGCAUGAAAGGUCUCCUAUCCGUCGAGGGUAUGAAAGAGAGAUUUGUCUUUCAGGGAGUUCAUGAUAUAUUCCAAGGUUCACCUGAUCGGUUGUGGAACGCAGACGAACAAAGAACAAACAAGAUUGUGUUCAUAGGAAAGAACUUGAAUGCACAGGAAUUGGAGAAGGGUUUCAAGGCUUGUUUAGUCUGAUGACACCAUCGAGCAAUUAGUCAUUGGUGAUUUUCGUCAAGCGUGAUGAGCUGAGUUAUAUUGUAGAAACAAAUCUUGGUCGAAGCCUAUCUUUGUUCAAUAGGUACAACUUGCUCAUUGUAAAACUUCAUAUGGAUUUGACACUCGUUUUGUCUUUAAAUGGCUAUUUGAGUGGUACUUGCUGUGAUUUUGGGCAAGUCUUUUGUA